UCAGAGCGGGCAGAGGAGGGGGGUCCGGCUGCUCUAUCGUCAACCCUAGCCUCGACCAGGCAAAGGGCAAAGACACUUAAAUUUGGUCUCUGUCCGUCUCCCCAGCCUCAUCCACCACAGCGGAAGUCAGCUCUCUGGACCACCUCGCACACAUUCGGACCCAUAGAAAGAUUCUGGAUCAGAAAAGUUCAGAUUUUAGUGGAAAAAAAAGAGUAGUGUUACCACUGGUGGACUCAUAUCAGCACCAGCCAUUCAUGUGACGCGGCUGGAUUGGAAUUAAACGCUGGGAUUAAAUUGCACAGAGGAGUCUAUUAUAAUUUUUUCUUUUUAUGGGAACUUAACCAGCGAUAAGGAUUUAAGUUUGAUUUCCAAACAAUGACCGAAGCAGUUGAAGCUCGGUCGUCGACCACCACAAUGGUCAUUGAAGGUAAAAAUGGAGACGCUGGUUCACCGCCUAUGCGAGCAAAGAAAACUUUCUCAGAUAAUCUCCACUCCACCUUCAGCUCCCCUCUGGCCUGGAUCUUGGUUCUGGCUCUCAUUGUUACAUGGUCUUGUGUUUUUAUCAUCUUGUUUGAUCUGACGGACUACAAGACUAUUUCAGGUCGUGCUCCUCCUGUCAGGAAGGUUUUCAGGGACUCAGGUCGUAGAGGAGGCCUCACCAAGAUCGGCUCUGACCCCAUGAAGGUGGUGAACGACGCAGUGGAGGAAUCCUCAAACUUGAUAGGUUCAGUGUUUAAAUUUGCUGCUAACCUGAUCGCACCUGAAGAAGAUGAAGGAACUUUAUAUGCAGUAAGGAAAAAAGGAGAAUUUCUACCAUCCCGAAGUAAAGUCAUAGGGAUGCAAGCCAAGUCAAAACCACCAGCAAUCGAAGUUGUAGGGGAGGAAGAGGGGGAGGAGGUGGUGGCAGGAGAGGAGGAAGGAGAAGAAGGAGAUGAAGCGGAGGAAGCUGGUGAGGAGGAGGUAGAGGAAGGGGAGGCAGAAGAAGAGGAGGAGGAGGAAGAACUAGAGGAGUAUGAGGAGGAGGAGGAAGAGGAGGAGGAAGAGGAUGAGUUUGCAGAAGAGGAGUUUGCAGAGGAGUAUGAGAAAUACUAUGAGGAGGAGGAGGAAGAAGAAGAAGGGGAGGAGGGAGAAGGGGAGGAAGAAGAAGAGGAGGAGGAGGAGGAGGAGGAGGAAGAGGGAGCUGAAGCUGAAGAAGAAGAGGAGGAGGAAGCGGAAGGAGCUGAAGCUGAAGAAGGAGAGGAAGAAGAGGAAGAAGAGGAGGAAGAAGAAGAAGCUGAAGCUGAAGAAGGGGAGGAAGAAGAGGAGGAAGAGGGAGCUGAAGCUGUGGAGGAGGAAGAGGAGGAGGAGGAAGAGGAGGAGGAGGAAGGAGAGGAGGAGGAAGAGGGUGCUGCAGAAGAAGAGGAAGAGGAGGGGGAGGAGGAAGAGGGUGCUGAAGCAGCAGAAGAAGAAGAGGAGGAAGAGGAAGAGGGAGCUGAAGCUGUGGAGGAAGAGGAAGGAGAGGAGGAGGAAGAGGGAGCUGAAGCUGUGGAGGAAGAGGAAGGAGAGGAGGAGGAAGAGGGAGCUGAGGGUGUGGAGGAAGAGGAGGAGGAAGAGGGUGCUGAAGCUGUGGAGGAGGAGGAAGAAGAAGAAGAGGAAGAAGGAGCUGAAGCUGAGGAAGAGGAAGGGGAGGAAGAAGAGGGAGCUGAAGCUGAAGCAGAAGAGGAAGGGGAGGAAGAAGAGGGAGCUGAAUCUUUGGAAGAGGAGGAAGAGAAGGGAGCUGAAGCUGUGGAUGAGGCGGAGGAAAAGGAGGAUGCUGCCGAAGAGGAAGAGGAGGAGAAAGAGGAGGAAGCUGCAGAAGCUCUGAAGGAGGAGGAAGAGGAGAAGGAGGAAACACAAGCUGAGGAGGAAGAGGAAGAAGAGGGAGCCGGAGCAGCCGCUGAUGAAGAGGAGGAGGGAAAAGAGGAGGUAGCUGCACAUGUGGAGGAAGAAGAAGGAGAAGAGGAACCUGCUGCAGCUGAAGAAGAAGUAAAGGAGGAAGCAGCAGCAGAAGAAGAAACCGAAGAUGAUGAUGAAGAUCAGGAAGAAGAGGAGGAAGCAGAUACUGCUGCUAUAGAUGAAGAUGAUGAAGAUGAAGAAGUUUCUCCUGAGCCUAUCUCCACCUCUGAGGAUGAAGAGUCAGCCGUGUCUCCCGACUCUGACUCUGACGUUCCUGUCGAUGUUGAUGACAGCGAUGUAGAUGUAAUACUUCCUGUCGAGGAGGAUGAAAAAGAGGAUGAAGACGAGGAUGAUGAAGAAGUCGACACCAGUGAUGAUGCAAUAGCUGACACAACAGAUAUCAGUGAAUCUGCAGUUCUUUCCAGUGAGGAGGAUGAGGAUGACGAUGAAGAUGACAAAUUAGCUGAAGGAAUCGCUACAUCUGAUAGCGAUGACAUCAUCCUAGCAGACAGCGAUGAAGACCUGGAGCUGGAUCUUCCUCCUCUUCCUGCUGCUAGUGAGGAUGAGGAGGAAGAAGACUUUAAAUUCCCCGAAGAGGAAGAGGAAGAGCACCUGGAGGAGGACAUCAAAGCUGCUGAAGAUGAUGAUGAUGAUGAUGAUGAUGAUGAUGAAGUGGACCAAUCAGACGAGGACAUCUCUGUCGCCUCCUCUGAGCACUUUGCAGACGAUGAAGAUGAUGAUGAGGAUAGUGACCUCAAAGAUGAAGACCUUGACGUAGACAUCCUUUUGGACCUGGAUGAAGAUUUGGACAAACUUGAUGAUGUCACAGAAGAGGACAAAGAUGACAAUGAUGAUGAAAAGGAGGAGGAAGAGAAGGAGAAGGAGGACUUCCCUCCCUUUGAGAGCACAGACAGCGGAGUCUUAGGCGAUGAUGACCUUGAUCUUAAAACAGAUGAUGAAGAAUCGGUUGAUGAAACUAUCAGUGAUGACACUCUUGAUGAUGAUGAUGAUGAUGAUGAUGAAGAUAUUGACACCAGCUCAUUUGAGUUCACUUUUGAUCUUGAAGAUGAGAAAGAAAUCACCGAAGCAAUUGAUAUGGCUGAAAAAGAUGAAGAUGAGCUCGCUGUGAAGUCAUUAGAAGAGGAUGAAGAUGAUGAUGACGAAGAUGAGGAUAAAGAAGAUGAUGACGAAGAUGAUGAAGACCUCUUGCUAGCAGCCUCUGUUGCAGCAGCAGUGACCGUCCAGGAGGAGGCGGUAAAGACUGAGGAAGACACAGACGAGGAUGAUGAUGAUGAUGAUGACAUCACACAGGCUGCUGAUGAAGACGAGUCUGAGGAAGACAACACAGAUGCUAUUGUCAGCUCGUCUGCUGCUCCUGAGGACGAGGAUGAUGAGGGAGAGGAGCCGACAGCUGAAGUGAAGAAAACUGUCGAUGAACCCGAGGACAAAAAAGAGGAGUACGAUGAAGAUGAUAAUGAGGAGGAGAAGGCCUCUGUGGAUGUGAGCAAACCUGUGGCUGAACCAGAAGAAGAAGCAGCAAAGACUGAGCCCACAGUGUGUCCCUGCAUGCUCUUAGCAAAGACUGAAGAGCCAGCGACCGCGGCUGAGGAGAAGAAAGAGGCUCCGAGGAGAGUUUCUGCUGUCAGAAGGAGGAAAGAUCGUGAAGCUUUAAAAACAGAGCCAACAAAGAAAGCUUUACCGAGAAUUCCCGGUCUGGGGGCACAAGUCAGGAGGAUCAAGAGAAGUCCUCUUCUUCUCAGAGCCAAGAAAGCAGAAAAGGCCAAGACUGCGGCAGCAGCAGCAGCAGCUGCAGCAGCAGCAGCAGCAGCAGUAGAGACAGAGACCAAAAAAAAAGAAGAUGCCUCAGAAUCUGGACAAGAUGUUGGCCCUUGCAGACCUGCACCCGUCUACUGCCCAUCUCCUCCUGGCUGGUACGUCCAUCAUGUCGUCACAGACAACCCGUAUCCACCACCAACAAUGCAAGCUCCCUCUGCUCCCGUCCUGACUGCUCACCCUGUCCAGCCUGGAGCUCCACCUCUGCAGCCUCUUUAUCAGCCGCUGUACCCUCAGUAUCAGCCAUAUCCUUCACCAGUGAUGCAGCCUCCACCGCCGCCUCAGCAAGAGCCAGUCAAGCCAGUACCACCAGUGGAACCACUUCAGCCUGAUGCUGCAGAACCAGAAGCUCCAGCUGCUGAAGCCCCGGUCCAUGAGCCUGCUGAAGAGGAAGUAAAGGCUGCUCCUGCCAAGAGAGCUGAAAAGAAGAAAACCAAGGCUGCUGAUUCAGGAAAAGAGCCGACAGCAGCCAAGGAGAAAACAAAAAAAGAUGCUGCUGAUACAAAACAAAAGGCCAAAGCUGAAACUGCAAAGAAAGAACCAGCAGCAAAAAAAGAGAAAUCCAAAAGUGCUGCUGUGGCAAAGAAAGAGCCAGCUGCCAAAGAGAAAACUAAAACUGUUGCAGCUGCUAAGAAAGAGCCUGCAGCUCCAAAGAAGAGGAAAUCAGCCUCAGAAAAGACAGAAGCAGCAGCACCUGUCAAAAGUAAAGCCAAAGCAUCUGCAGCAAAGAAAGAUGCAGAGCCACAUCCACGGCCGAUCAGACUGAGAUCGAGACUAGAAGGUGUGAGGAGGGCGAACGCAACUGCUCAGGCGAAGGAGGAGAAACCUGAAGCAGCCAAGACAAGGACAAAAUUAUCAGCAGAGAAGAAAAGCAAAGCUGAGAAAGCUGAAAAGAAAUCAGUCAAAGAGGCUCAAGACAAAGACAAACAGCCAGCAAAAGCUAAAGAGCCCCAGACUGAAGACAACACCACAGAAAAGAAGAAACCAGGCCAGAGAUACUUCCAGUGCAUUUAUGUUCCUGGUAAAAAUGCACAGUAUCCAUUACGACCUUUCACCCCGGCCAUGUCCCCCGCCAUGAUGUCCACCCCCAUGAUGUCCCCGGCUAUCCGAGCCAUGCUGGAGCAGCAGCAGAGAGCAGCGAGGGCGGCGGGACAAUAAGAAGACUUGAACUCCUUCCACCUAAUUUCUGAAAGUACUGUAAUGAAUCCUCCAGUCCAGCAGGGGGCGACGUUUAAAUCUGUAGGAUCCUUAAACUUUGAGGAGAAACACAGACACAGAUAAGAGUGGACACAACUGUUUUGUCUUUAAUUUAUUUAUUGUAUUUUCUCUGGAUGUGGUUGAGCUCCUGGGGUUUUUGUUGAUAAAUUUCCUCUCAGCUGAAGCUUUGUAAUGUUUGCAUCAUGGUGUCGUCACCGCCACGCACUAUUAUGUUUUAGAUUUAGCGUAAAAUCACUAACAUUCAAACAAGGAAGUAAUAUGUGAGUAUUCUUUACUCAUUGUGAUGUAAAUAUUGUUUGUAAUCUAGGCUAAAGUCAACAUGUUUGCAUGCUGUUCUCAGUCAACUCCAGGUCCAAGUCCAGUUAAUUAUGAUGUUCUAGUUUAAAGAAAUGCAAUUAUGCACAGUGAAAAAAACGGUAAUUCUGAAGAAAAACCGAUAAAACGCAAAUAAAGAUGAAAACACCUGAAAACUUGAACAGCUUUUUGUAUCAUAACAUGAUAUAAUAUAAUUCAGAAGUAAAAAGAAAAACAUGAACUUGACUAAAAGGCAUUAAAAGUUUAGGACGGGAGCUGAAAACUGCUUUCAUACACUAAAAAUGUAAAGCCGUGUCUCUUAUUUGUAACCACACAUGUAAUUCUCCUUCAUCCUGUUUAACCAGAAUGAGACUGCUUGUUUUUGGCUGCUUAGCCACUGUCUGCAACAGAUUAGCAUGCUAAUGUUGGAGGGUCAAAUCCCAGGAGCUCCCACAGCUGAUCCUAACAGCCUCCCUGUCUCUGAUCAUGUGUAGAAAAUCCAUCAGACUCAUAAAUGGUGUAGAAGCAAGAAAAUUAUGGCACAUAUCCUGGUUACAUGACCGAAAAUUAGGCAGGAGUAAGAGGAAGGUGAGAUAAUACCAGCUGCUUUUGCAUAAAUAUGCCACUGGCAUGGAAUUUUUCAUUUAAGUAAAAGCUACAACAGUUUUCUUAGAGUAAAGAGCCACUCAGACAUAAUGCCAUUAUUUGAAAGUUAUCUGCACUACCUUUAUGGAUAGAUGGACCUAGCUUUAAAGGGUGAAUGUUUACAGGCUCUAUCUGCACCAAAAAUACAAACAUAAAGGCUUUCAGCUAAGGGGGUUUCACACCCCCAAGUCUUCCAAGAUUGCACAGUUUAUUUGCCCUGGUGUGGACAUAACAACUUCACCAAGACUGCUUGACGAGGUGGAUCUGGGUCUGCUUUUUUAUGGACUUCCAUGCAGUUCAUUUGUAUUUAGAAUAUGAACCCACCUUGAUCCAGCCUAGCUAUCUAAUGAUCAUUAUACUUUCUUGGAAUUAAUGAGCUACAUUAAGUUUCUUGAGCCAGCAUCUUCAACUAUAAACAUCUUUCUAUUCAUUAAUGCUGAGACUGUGUUGAAGAUCACAGGGAUGCAUGAUGGAUCUUUGGAAACAACUUUAAAGGGUGAGCAGGCCAUAGCUGAAGAGGAUUACCUCCCCUUAAGUGUACUGAGAGUCACCUUUAAGUAUUUUGGUGACUACAGCAAACCAAAAUCUGUCAUUUAAAGUCCCUGUAAAGUGACAUUUUUGUGUAAACACGCUUGAUAUAGCGGACUGACGUUGGUAGAUUUAGACCAUUAGAGAGUUUUUCACCUCUUUUGUGGCUAGGUUUAAUUUAGCUGGGUGAAUAUAGGGUCCUGUGAUGUCACAAGGGGCUAAAGGAAUGACCCCGCCCCCCUAACGUUACAACGGUAUAAAAUCACUGAGCUGUUCAUUUCACAAGAGUCUGCUGUUAGCUGAUGUCACUGCCUUCAUUGAAAGUUAACAGCUAGCUUAAUGCUGUGUUUUUGCUCAUUGUGAGGUAAAUUUGCCAAAUCUAUCAGCCACAGUGGCCUUAAAAGUAUCAUUAACAAGAGAUUUGAGCCAGAAAACAGACUCUCUCUCUCUGUUGGGGCACAGGACCAGGCAGCCAUUAUAAUGCUGGUGUGGUUGUCUAUUUUUCACUUGAACGAGGCACAGCAGGAACAAACAUCUUACCUGCUGAAAGGGUGUUGUAAUCCAGUUUUCUCUUGUCUCUUGUUGUGGAUUGUUAAAAGACGCCGACUGUGGCUUUGUCUCUCUCAAAGCAGCAACAGUUCAGUCCCUCAUGUCUGCGAUGCUAAAAUUUAGUAAAGUAGAUGACAUUAGACAUGUUCUAUUCCUGCCAAGACUGUCACAAUAAAAGACUCCAAUGCUAAUCAUCAUUGAAGACUUUUAUUUUGAACAGCAACAUCAGGAAAAGGAAUGUUUUCAGCAGGUAACAACAAAGACAUCUCAUAAACAGAAGGGAGACUUAACUUCACAUAACUCAGAAAAUAAGGGAUACCUGAAGAGUUGAAUACAGGAUUAGAAAAUGAAACCAAGACUUGUUAGCUCUAAACUGUCUGCCAGUCAUGACAUAAAUGUGACUGUUUCUCUAGUGGCUUAAAAAGAGAGUUGUACCAUAGCGACAGAGCAGACAGAUAGGUCCUCCAUUCAGGUAGUAGCGAUUCUUUCAUUCUUAGAACAGUGGUUCCAAACCUUUUUUCAGUUGAGCCCCCCCUUCACAUAUCUAGGAAGCUCCCCCAGGAAAAAAAAAGUGGCAUAUUGCUGUCAAAAAUACACAUAAAUUUGAAUUAUGUUAAUAAACAACAGGCAUUAAAAGCAACAGACUUUGGUAUGAACCAUUCAUAAGGGUUUUGUCGUGAUUUCAGGUGGUUUGAGUGAAUCUAAUUCUGACAUCCUCAGAGCAGACAGGCCAUCAUGCCCCCCUGAAAUCUCUGGCUCCCGGACCCCAGGUUGGGAACCAAGGUCUUAGGCGAUUAUAUUUCACUGCCUAAUUUUUCAUGAUUUUGAAGCUUGAUUUUGUAAACCUAGAGAAGUUUUCAUGACUGAAAUUUAGUGGUUCAUAAACGACGACCUGUCACACAGUAACCCGAAUUACAGGUUUUUUUUUUAAUCGCUUUACUGGGACUCAAAGAAAAGAAGUCCAUUCUUAAGAUAAGAUAAAGUGUCAGUGUUAAAGUGACGUGUCUAGAUCUUGAGAUCUGUUGUUUUUUUUCAUCUUUACAUGCUUAUAAGGGAAAGAUCCUGAGUUAUACUUCAAAGAAUUUCUACAAAAUGUGCUCUUUAUCCAUGUUUAUUAACAUUUUUAAAAGUAUGUGCAACUCAAGGAGUAAGCAUCAUAUACAUGACUGAUGUACAACCUAACAGGUGUUUACACUGAGCAUGCUCAGAGACAGGGAUUCUGUAAAGGACAUCUUUGACGUGACCAACAUAUGAGACACUGUGAUGUCUGCUACAGUGGAUAAAUGUCAUUUUAUUUCAUGUUCAUCAUCAGCUUCACAUGAAGCCUGAUGUUUUGUCAUAGUUCAGAUACCUCACUUGUUCACAGCUCUGGUUUUGUGCUUUACCAACGAAGCAUGACGCCACGUUGUCUCUGCAAAACCAUUGCUGAGUUUAAUCAGUAUUUACUUUUGUCUUACUAAAAGAAAAUGACGGCUGAAAGAACCAAAAGAGGGUUUUCACACCGGGCUUAAUCCUGGGAUAAGACCCACGGUUACUACAUACUUUUACUUCCUGAGAAGUUUAGAAACCAUGAGGGAGCCUGAUAAAAUGUUAUCCAUGUUUUUAAGGGUCAGUGUCCCCUUUUACUCACAUGUACUGUUGCAAUCAUUAUGUCCAAAGAAAUGCCAGCAAACUGACUUGGACUAGUUUUUAACUGUUGAAUUAUAGGAGGUUUAACAAUGCUGAAGAGCUACCAAAAUUUUAAGUAGACCUUGAAACACUGUAAGUCCUUCAAAAACCUUUGUAGAGUCAUCUAAGAGUCUUAAGGUGUGUUCAGUCUGAAACUAAAGUCAGAUUCACUUGUAAUGGGAGUGGCCUAUGGUUGUCAGAAUUUUAAAUUUUUUCAAACACCAAUAGCCAGCUGCUAUUGUGCCCUUUAAGACAUUUUUUUCCACCAUAAAUCAAAUGGCAUUGCUUUUUUUCCACAAGUUCCUCAUUUUCUUUCAAAAUAAAAGCAGGUUUUAAUCCAUACAGGUUUAAACACCUCUAGUUUGAGAGAGUGUAAAUAACAAAAUAAAUGCAUAAUUUAAAAGUUUGUUGAAAAAAUCUUUUACCUAAAUCUUUAAUCUUAACUGCAUUACUUCUGCAGAGAAAGCAACUUAACAUAAACUCUUGAGAAGUGUAAAUGCGGUCACAUUAAUUAGGGAGGAUUGGGCAUCUGUGAGUCGUUUUGUACAUGCACUCCUGCAUAGUUCUUAAAGGUCACAUACUAUGCAAUGUACACUUUUUAAGGCUUUUCUAACAGAAAUAUGUGCCCCUGGCCUGCUCACAAUCCCCCCAAGAAUCCUGCU